AUGCUACGCUCGACGGCCUCAUCCGUACUCGCCAGGGUCAAGCCCAGCCCACGACUCGCCAGCCGGACAUUCGCCAGCAGCUCGUCCCGCGCCCGCAUCAUCUCCACCCAGCCCGUCAAGGCCUCCGAGACGAGCUCCAAGUUCGCCAACGGCAAGUACCCGGUCAUCGACCACGAGUACGAUGCGAUCGUCAUCGGCGCCGGCGGGGCCGGGCUCCGGGCCGCCUUUGGACUCGCCGAGGCCGGCCUCAACACGGCCUGUAUCACCAAACUCUUCCCCACCCGGUCCCACACGGUGGCUGCCCAGGGUGGCGUUAAUGCUGCCCUAGGAAACAUGACCGAGGACGAUUGGCGCUGGCAUAUGUACGACACCGUCAAAGGCUCGGACUGGCUCGGAGAUCAGGACGCGAUCCAUUACAUGUGCAAGGAGGCCCCCCAGGCGGUCAUCGAGCUCGAACACUUCGGCGUGCCCUUCUCGCGGACUAAGGAGGGAAAGAUCUACCAGCGAGCCUUUGGGGGCCAGUCGUUGAAGUACGGCAAGGGCGGACAAGCCUACCGAUGUGCCGCGGCAGCCGACCGGACCGGCCAUGCGAUCCUCCACACUCUUUACGGCCAAUCCCUCCGCCACAACACCAACUUCUUUGUCGAGUUCUUCGCGCUCGAUCUGAUCAUGGACGAUGCUGGUAACUGCGUGGGUGUGACGGCCUAUAACCAAGAGGAUGGCACCCUCCACCGUUUCAGGGCACACCAGACUGUCCUUGCCACCGGUGGUUACGGCCGUGCCUACUUCUCCUGUACCAGUGCCCACACCUGUUCUGGGGACGGUAACGCCAUGGUCACCCGGGCUGGAUUGCCCUUACAAGAUCUCGAAUUCGUCCAGUUCCAUCCCACCGGUAUCUACGGUGCCGGAUGUCUGAUCACCGAAGGAUCUCGAGGAGAGGGCGGAUACUUGCUAAACUCACAGGGAGAGAGAUUUAUGGAACGAUAUGCCCCAACAGCCAAAGACUUGGCCUCCCGAGACGUUGUCUCACGAUCGAUGACGAUCGAAAUCAGGGAAGGCAGAGGCGUUGGACCUGACAAGGAUCACUGCUACCUUCAGCUCUCCCAUCUCCCCCCGGAAGUCCUCCACGAGCGUCUUCCCGGAAUCUCUGAAACUGCUGCUAUCUUUGCUGGUGUCGACGUCACUAAGGAACCAAUUCCAGUCUUACCAACUGUGCACUACAACAUGGGAGGAAUCCCAACAAACUACCAUGGCCAAGUUCUAACACAAGACCCGAAGACGGGGGCCGACAAGAUAGUACCCGGACUGUAUGCGGCGGGAGAGGCAGCAUGUGUAUCUGUGCACGGAGCGAACAGACUAGGGGCGAACUCACUGCUGGAUAUCGUUGUUUUCGGGCGGGCGUGUGCCAAGCACAUCUCAGCGAACAUGGAGCCAGGCAAGCCGCACAAGACGAUGCCGGAGGAUGCAGGAAUGAAGUCGAUCGAGGACCUCGACAAGCUCAGGAACGCUAGCGGCCCUAAGCCCACCGCGCAGAUCCGUAACGAGAUGCAGCGAGUCAUGCAGAACGACGCCGCCGUUUUCCGUACCCAAUCUAGCUUGGAAGAGGGCGUCAAGAAAAUCCACAAGGUCGUCGACUCGUUCAAGGAUGUCGGAGUGACUGAUCGAAGCAUGAUCUGGAACACUGAUUUGGUCGAGACCUUGGAGCUCCGAAACUUGUUGACAUGUGCAGCCCAGACGAUGUCCUCUGCCGAAGCGCGAAAGGAAUCAAGAGGCGCUCAUGCGCGCGAGGAUUUCCCGGAACGAGAGGACGACAGCUGGAUGAAACACACCUUGUCGUGGCACAACCCUGAGUCUGGCGAGCCCGUCAAAUUGACCUAUCGUGAUGUCAUCAGCACCACCUUGGAUGAAAACGAGUGCAAGAGUGUUCCGCCGUUCAAACGAACCUACUGA